AGUCACAUUUCUCUUGGCUGAAAAUUGAUGAAAGUUCGAACACGUCUUUAUCGCUUCACUUGAUUAACUAAAACAGUUUACACCAUUAGAAUAAUUACUCCGUAUUGGCAUGAAUUUAUGAUCAAUUUUAACUUGACCCAUAUAUGCAGACGGAAGAAGGUCAAUAACAAAGAGAACACGGCUCAUUCGUCCGUUUAUUUAUGUCUGAAUCAGUGCGCGCCGGUAGCCAAUAAUCCAUUCCGCCACCUUAAACAAAGUGACCCAUAGCGAUCUCCGUAGUCUCUAAACAGUGAUCCGGUAUCUACGUGUUUUCACUUUUCUCAAGUCGAUCGCAACGUAUGUUGCCGAAAAGAUCCACGCACAAUAAUGCGGUCGAAAAUCUUUUAAGCAAGAUGGACUAAUUACUUGAUUGCCGCUAUUACGGCGGUAGUGAGAGUGAUAGUAAUGCGGUCACUGUGUCCAUUGCUACUGAUCGCCAGCCGUUCACUUUCAUUUCAUACCAACGUAAGAAUCACUAACCAUUAUAACAGCGUUUAUCGUGUUGCAAUUAAAAGUUUUUUUUAUUAGCGGGUGACUUAAUGCUUUGAUAAAUUAUUAAGAUCAUCGUCAGUUUAAAAUCAUUUGUUUGGACUAUGAAUAUAAAACUUAAGCGGGAUCGCCUAUCGGUUGCGUUAUACACAGUUAUCUUUGAAUUACAGUUGUUUGCAAAUUUUGUUUCCAGCCAAGGAGCAUUUGACGUAUACGGCUUAAAUGAUGGCAAUAAUUACGAUACGGCGCAGUAUCGCGAUGGAUAUGAUUUGGGACGUUCCAUCGAUGGUAAUACCCCGCCGGUUAAUGUGCCAUCCUGGAUGACGGUACCGCAGUCACUUGCCGGCUGGCCAAUAUAUUUGCCGCAGCAAGUGAUUUAUGCCGCUUUUGGAAGCAGUAACCCGGUACAGUCCUGGGGUGAUUACAAAUGGAAUAAUUUUUAUAUUCCGACUUUGGUAACCGAACCGCCAAAUGACACCUUCUACGAGCGUUAUGAAGAUUUUGUGGCUGGCCGGUGGACACCGCCACCGGUCACGGUCCCCGUACUCACGACAACAAAGGCCACGGUAACCCGUGCCCCGGGAGCGGCAGCCGCCGCCGCCGCCAAUGCCACUGCAUUGGCAAUCAAUACAACCGGCUUAUCAUCGGCCGCGGUCGCAGCGUCCGCCCUGGGUAUACCGAAUUUACUGAAAGGCAACGCUACCGCGGCGGUCGAUGUCCCCAAGACCAUCAACGCCACAGUACUGGCUUCCGCCCUCACCAAACUGGGUGACCUGCUCAUCCAUACGGUGACCACGAAACCAACAACGCCCACCACCUUGGCUCCCGGUGUCACCACUGUCGCCGUGCACACAGCCCCGCCCACCACCGCUGAUACGACGAUAUCCUUCCCAUCCAGUGAUGAUAUUGCCGCAGCGGCGGCCGCGCAAGUCAGUGCCGGGGAAGUCAUCACGGCGCCACCGAAUGGUGUGCCAAGCGGAGAGCCGGAGGCCUCUCCCGCGCCGGCGGUUGCGGAAACUGCGACGGCAGCCGCAUCGGUACCGGCUGUGGCACCGGUGCCGGCUCCGGCUCCGGAGACUACCGCUAUGCCGGCUACCACCACGGUGAGCCCCGAAGUCAAACAGAAAGUGGAGGCGGCUGUCCAAACGGCUGUUGCCAAUGCGUUGCCACAGUCUAUGACGAAUCCGCUGCUGGCUCCUCAGAAUCAGUCACCUUUCAUACUGCAGCCACCAGCGCUUGAAGGGGGCACCCCAAAAACGGGAGAGGUAGUAAAGGAAAUCGUAAAAGCUGCGAAUGCAACCGCGCAGCAAAUUAUCGCCGCGAAUGGAACAGCCGAAAAUCGCACAGCACGUGAAUUUCCUGCUGAUCUCCGAACGAUGAUGCUGAAUUUGUUAAAAGAUGUGCUUCAAACCGAAAAUAUUCCCGCUGUUCAAAUUAUCCCGCCAAAACGACUGAAGGUUACCAAUGCCUCACAGCCACUCCUUCCACAACUGCAAGCCAAGUUAAUUUCCACCCCAUCCACAACACACACGAGGAACAGCCGGCACAGCACAACGUCGCAUCCAGCGACAAACGCCCUAACCACAACUAUGAGAACAACGCAACUUGCCACUGCCAUGCCGGUUUCUGUGACAGAACUCCCAUCGCUGCCGGUAAACGAGACUGAUCAAACUGGAAGCAGAGAAGGCCGGAAUCUCAAGCUAUCCAACUUGCGUGUCCUUAUGGAAAACCUCUUGCACGAAGUGCUGCAGCCGGAAACAUCCAAACCGAAUAAAACCAUUACUAAAAAUAUUCCUAUCCAAUCACCAGUUUUGACGGUGACCUUCCCUAGUGCAAAUACGAGUACCACGGAAAAUUCCGAGAUAACCAGUCCGAUCACUACCGCUGGCAGAGUGAACACCUCUCGAAAAUUGUCGGUAACAUCCUCGACGAGUAGAAUGCGCACUACAACAAUGCCGGUACCUAUAACCACACCGGAACCAGAAGCUACCACGUUGGCAAGCACUUCGUCACCGUUGAUCACGACAGAUACAAUAAUCUCCACAACGCCUUUUAUUGUCACCACUAGCAAAAGUGCGAAUAUCUUCCAAUCUAACUCUCCAACAUCUCUGAAAAUGGCGUUGCCACCAUUGAGAUCGCAGUUGACCUUUCUCAGCAUGCCAACAGGUCUAACUCGAGGAAUUCGUCAGUUCACCGAUUUACCCAGUACAACCACGCCCCAGACCAUUACCCGCCCAUCGCGGAAACGAUUCUUGAACACCGCAAAUCCGGAUGCGACAAGUACGCCACCUGCAGCGAACGCCGUCCCCGUGCCAGCAGCGUCCACAAUGUUCGUCAAACCGUCCCAAGCGUUAGACAAGCAAGAUCUAUGGAACCUUCUGGGUAUUUCUAUUGACCCGGUGCCAUUACCGAACAUCGAUCACAGUGCGUUAAGGCCGUUAAAAACAACCACACCCAGUGUCCAGCUCGAAGAGACGACGAAGGUAACGACGAAUGCAGCGGACGCCACAAUUCUAAACAGCGACGGUACGGAUACGAUACCUUCGAGUGUGGUCAAACAGCGCGGUGUAUGCGUACCCUUUGAAAAUCAGGGGCGAUUCGGUAUUUGUGUGGAUAAGUCGGAAGUUUUUACGGUGUGUGAUGGAAUGGUUAUAAAGCAGGCGAAAUUCUGUGAAUCGACUGCGGUUUGUUGUGUACUUGAAGGGCGGUGAAUUAUGUGAGUGUCAUUGUGUUGUUGUGAUAUUUAUUUACUGAUUACUGAUACUAUUAAA